CCGGCCGUGCCCCCGGCCAUGCCCGCGCCCCGGGAGCUGGCUCGCUCCGUGCUGGAGACGCACGGGCAGGAGCUGCGGCUGCUGCGGCUGCUCGGAGUGGCCAGGACGAGCUUCGACUGGGGGACCCACUUCAGCAUCAACUUCACGGCGCGGCAGCCGCCCUGCCCCAAGCCCGCCCCGGACCCCCGCGGCUGCCGGGGCCGCCCGGGCAGGGUGCAGCGCUGCUCGGCCCAGGUGUCCGUGUUCACCUUCCUGCCCGACGUGCCGCUGUCGAUGGUGGAGUGCGGCCGGGAGCCGCAGCCCGGUGACAGCGCCCAGCCCCGCUCCCCUGGCACCAGCCCAGGUCACUCAUCCUCCUCAUCCUCCUCAUCCUCUUCAUCAUCCUCGGGGCCGCCCCCGCGGCCUCGCCCCCCUCCCAGCGCGUCCCUGCAGGGACCGUCCCGCCGCCCCCUGUCCCCAGCGGAGCUGCAAUAAAGAGAUUUCGGGGUCGGACGUGUGCGUGUGUGGGGGUGACGGUUCGGGGGACCCGGGGCGCACCCUCGGCGUUGGGCAACAGCGAUGGCGCAACUCUGGGGUUGUGCAACCCCGCGGGCACCAACCUGACACGGGCGACGUGUCACCACCCGAGGGGCCCUGGCCCCCAAACCCCCCGAGCCCGGCCAAGGGGCUCCCGAGGGUGGGGACCCCGAGGGGUUCAGAUGUCACCGCCCAUCCACGGGGACCCCCCCGCCCCGCGCAUCCCCCCCAAAAGAACGGCCGCUCUGCGGCUCGGGCCGGGCGUGUCCCAAGGGGCAGCCCCGGGGCGGGUCCCCAACCUCCCGUGGGGGAUAAAAGGGGCCCGGGGGUGGCCGUGGCGACAGCGAUGCCGAGCUCGUGGGUGCUGGUGCUGGCGGUGCUGGGGGGGGCCUGCGCCCUCCCCGCCCCGGCGUCCCUGUCCUACACCGAGGCGCUGGCGCAGGCCGUGGAUUCCUACAACCAGCAGCCCGAGGUGCAGAACGCCUUCAGGCUGCUCAGCGCGGAGCCCGAGCCCGGCCCGGGCGUGGGGCUGAGCUCGCUGCAGAGACUCAACUUCAGCAUGAUGGAGACGGACUGCGCCGCCAGCGCCCGCACCAACCCCGACGACUGCGACUUCAAGGAGAACGGGGUCAUCAAGGAGUGCUCGGGGCCGCUGAAGUUCCGGCAGGACUCCCCCGAGAUCGACCUGCACUGCUCCGACGCCUCCUCCGACCCGGUUCUGAUCCAGCGCGGCCGCUUCGGGCGCUUCCUGGGGAAGGUCCGGCGCUUCCGACCCAGGAUCAAGUUCGACGUCCGCCUGAAGGGCUCCGUGGGGCUGGGCUGAGCAAUAAAGGGGCCACCGGGA